ACAAACCAAUCAAAUGCUUAGUAUCCAAAUUUGAGUGGCUAAUUAUUCUAAAUAAAAUUUCUCGCAAAACGUAGUCUGUUAUAGCUGAGAAUAGCUAGCGAGAAGAAGGUAUUAGGAUAACUCUGUAAUGGCUGCAAUUCCAUCAUUUUCGCUACUUAGGAAUUCUGCGGCGACCACUGCAAGGGCUUUUGGGGCUGUCAGAACUUAUAACCACAAUUUUCCAAAGUUUAUUCCUUUUCAAACACGCAGAUCCUACUGUCAUAUCAAUGCUAUAAACAAUGAAGAAGCAGCUGCCAAGAUAGCUGCAGUAGAUGCUGACAGUGGAGCUCCAACCAUAUUUGACAAGAUUAUAGCUAAGGAAAUCCCAGCAAGUGUUGUAUAUGAGGAUGAUAAGGUCUUGGCAUUCCGGGAUGUUAAUCCACAGGCUCCUGUUCAUAUAUUAGUCAUUCCAAAGUUGAGGGAUGGACUAACUCAGCUUGGAAAGGCUGAACCAAGGCAGGUGGAAAUACUGGGUCAACUUCUCUAUGCUGCAAAAAUAGUUGCGGAGAAAGAAGGUAUUGUUGAUGGGUUUCGUGUAGUCAUCAAUAAUGGUCCAAAUGCCUGCCAAUCAGUUUAUCAUUUGCACUUGCAUGUCCUUGGAGGGAGACAGUUGAAAUGGCCACCUGGUUGAAAUUCUGAUGUUUAUUUGUUAGAAAGAGUAAUUGAUUCCCUUUCCAUUUGAAGUUUUUGUCUCCAAAAAAUGUGGAAUAUCAGUGUUGAAGAUGUUUCUAUUUUUUUUGCUCAUUGCUGGAAGCGUUGAAAAUUGUUAGAAAUAGUGAAUGGAGGAUUUUUCAUCUGUAUUACUAAGCUAAACUAUCAUCUUGUGAUGUGUCAAGAAAUUUUGUGAAUCUUUUAACAAAAUAUAUAAGUGUCUUAGUGUGUAUGAA